AGAGAGAGAGAGAGAGAGAGAGAGAGAGAGAGAGCUUACCCUUCGUCGGCGGUGGUGGUUCUUCGACUGUGUACAGUGGCGGUGGGCUCGAAGAUGUUCAGUGCUUGUGGGCUUGCGGCGUACGGUGGUUCAUGAGCUGUGAUCGCACGGUGCUUUCCGUUCAACAUCAACUGGAGAGGAUCCAGAUCCCAUCGUCUUCCUCACGAGUCACGCCGGUCACCGCCAUUUUCUUCCUCAAGCGUCACGCCGGUCACGAGUAAUUGACGCUAGGCUCAAUAAAAAAUGGACCGCUCUUUGAUUCAUUACAUUGACGAGGAAUGCAAGCAGUUUGACGACCCAUCGCUAAGGGAGUGGAAGAUGGCAUUGAAGGCAGAUUAUCGUAUAUUAUGUCAUGUGUUGAAAAAAUAUAAAGAUGUGGACAAAGUUGAAGACGUAGACAAAGUUGAAGACGUAGACGCCGCUGUGACUAGAAACUCAGCAGUCGCAGUUGUGGGCAGCAACAUGGUUGUCCUUGCCGUCUCGACUGAAGACAAAUUGGCUUCAAACAUUAUCAAAACAGUUGAUUUAAACAAUACAGGAGAUAUUGUAGUCCAGCCUGAAGACAUGGGAGAUGCUCCUAACCUAAAAACGAAAAUUCUACGCAAGCAUCUAGGAGCUAGACUCGCUUGUGCAGGAGAUGUGGGACAUACUGUCCAAGAGGCAAUCAAAAAUUAUAAACAUAGCCAUCCGUAUCCAGUUCCAACUAGCCCACAAUUGGUGGCUUGGAAAGUUGCUGAAGCCCAUCCGUGUUCACGGGCUAUAAUUGUCGGGAUUGAUCCCUACACUACGGAACCAAAGUUGUUCGCAGUAGAUACCGGCAGGAGAGUCCGAGAGUGCAACACUUGGGCAAUUGGGAAGGGAUUUCAAGAUAGGAAUAAAUUCCUUAGCGCCCAUAAAGAGUACUAUUUAUCAAAAGAUAUUGGAAGUGAGGACUAUAAGGACGGACUGGUGAGGCUUGCAAUCCGUGCAUUGAUUGAGGUUUGUGAAAUUGAGAGAGCGAACAUGGAAGUUACCGUCAUAACUUCAAUGAAUGGGGUGGAACAACUUGAGCAAAACAAGAUUACUGAAUUUAUUGGCAAGAUAAGGAGAGUAAUUACGAGCAAUGAGAAAAAGAGCAAAGAACUGGACCUGCCCCUGCAAAGGAAAAAAAAUGAAGCAUCCAAUGCAUCAGCGGAAACUCAAACUGUUGACGAGGUAGCAGCAGCCCCACUUCAGCCACCACCAAAUGCAUCCUAAGCCGUAGUAUUCACAGAGUCUUUCUAGAAUGUUUUGGCAUAUCUUGAAUUUAUGACAACUUUAUUUAUUUAUUUAUACCUUGUUAUGAGGUUUUUGAGCUGUGAGAAUUAUUGUGUAUUUAGCAUGAGAAUUUGGAGACAGUAGAUGGCAGAUUGCCUUGUUGCAGAUUUGGUUGUGAGAUGGGAACAGUUAAUGGAAUGGAACAGUUACUGGGUAUUUUGUUAUAUUUUGGUAGAGGAUUAUGAUA